UUAUAUUAUUGUUAUUAUGAGAACAUAAAAGGAAAGAUGAAAGAACAGAUUUGGUCAUUCUCAUCUCUCCCAGACGGCAAAGAAAGGAAGAAAGAACAAAGAAAUUUUCUCUCCAUGCCGUGAGUUCAAUCCGAGAGCUUAAUAUCAAUAUAAUCUCCCAAAGAACCAAAGUGAAACACCUGCAAGCAAAGAGCGACGCGUGAGCACGGCACGAAUGGCGUCGUCUAACGUCGGCUGCUCAUUGAAAAUCUAUGAAGCAAAGGCAAACUAUGUAUCUCCGGCUGCCGGCGGCGGAGGCGGCAGUGCCGUUAUUCAAAUGCGUAUCAAAUUAAGGUAUCAACUUUUCGUCAAAGCCUACGACGUUGAGUUUUUGGUAGAAGAAAUCAUUACCCCGGAAUUUGUGACUGCCGUCUCCGUGCCGUUGGACUGUUUCUUGUCUGGUUCCAGCGUGAUGAUCGUCUCCAAAGUGCUGGCGGACCUCAAGGUAGACGCCAAAGUGAUUGAAUACUCGAGUCCGAAGAUCGCUAAGUUCGUCGUCGAUAUGGCCAAACGUCGGGGCGCAGCCGUUUCGGAUUUUAUGACGGUGGUCGAGGUUUCUAUCAAUAAAACCGAUUAUAUUCGUGAGAAAGAAUUUGAUAGGAUAUCAAUCACAUUGAGUUCAAAAGCUAAAUCAUCGCUUAUGAUGCAGAAUCCGAAAUCAGAGGAGCCGAAUACUUGAUGAA